AUGAAUUCAAGUAUGCGCUCCAGCCAGUCCUCCUACGGGGACUCGCGGUAUCCAUCGAAUAUGAGCAUAAACGCCUCCGAUGCUCCAGGUCCGGUGCCGCCGCUUGGAAAGACACUAGUGGACGGGUAUCGAGAUACUCUAGACCCCCAACAUGAGGACCGGUCGCGGUACAACCCUCUCAAUCCGGAUCACCCGCGAAGCUCGGCUCUCCUUAAUGCCAACGACCCCGUGGCGAUGUACAUGUUGACCGAGACCGCGAUAGGAGAUAGCACGAAUUACGAAGUCCUGUCCUUGGAAGAGGUGGAAGAGCUGAAGAAGGAAAUGACACUACUUUCCAUUCGCAUCCAGGGCACGAAGCGGAAACUGACGGUCGAAACAAAACUGCGUGACGCGGCGCAGUCUCUCGGUAGGCUCUACAGCCCGCCCAGUCCACGGAGCAGCGGCGAAUACAAUACCAAUGGUGGUUCGAACUCGAACCGGAUGAGCCGGGGCAUAUUUGGUCGCAGUGGGGCUUCUGAGGCCCUCGAAAAGAGCGACUCUGAACUCGCGGUCAGCCAGAGACGAUGUGAGGAGUUGGCGCAGGAACUCUGGAGGUUGGAGAAGAGGUCUCAGACGAUCUGCCAGCGCUUGCUGGAGCACACUGCGGGUGUCUUGCAGAUGACACACAAGGGUCUGAAGAAGGGCCGUAAGAGCCCUGCUCCGAGCACUUCGGAUAGCACCUAUGACAAAUUCGACGAUCGCAGUCUCUACCGGACAACUGAGAAUUUGGAUAACUUUGGCUUGAACGGAAAGACCGAGACCAACGCGGCCGGCGUAAUGAAUACCGAGGCCAUGCAGGCUACAGAACGACGAUUGGAGGAACUUAGCGCGCGCAUGCAUGACAUGAUGAUACAGUUCAACCCCGGUGAAUCCAUUGACCCUCCCCCGCAGCUGUCAGAGGAUGGAGGGCCUGUCAAUCCCACAGCAACGGUCGACGCUCACUUGGACUAUAUCAAGAAUAACAUGGAUAAUAUCGUCUUGCACAGGGGAGACGUUCCUGCUCCCGUGGCUUCUCGCGAUAUUGUACCUGAAGUCGAGUACGCUUGGAAGCACCAACUCACCGAAAUCAACAAUCGAGUGCAAACCAUUGUUGAUCGGUUUGGUUUGACUCGUUCGCCCACCUUGCCUCCACUCCCUGAUGCGUCUCACGGCGAGGGGCUGGAAGAACAACUCUCAUACCUUCAAGCUGGUGUAGAUGGCCUGGAAAGUCGAGUGGAUGGAGUACUUGAGCAGAAGAGUAUUCUAACCACGCAAAUCCAGCAGCAACGCGAGCUCAAUUCCAAGUCGGAUGCCGAACGCGAUGCCCAGAUCGGAGAACUGACGGAACAGUUGACCCAAGUUCGCAAAGAGCUCGAAGUAUCCGAACGUGAAAACAACGCCAACCGCGAUGAGCUGGCUCUUGUCAUGGCGCAGCUCAACGAAAUGCGCCACAGUGGCUCUUCUCAGGAAGAAGCCAAGGCGACUCUGGUUCAGGCCGAGGGCGAAGUCGCGCGCUUGCAAAGCGUCAUUACCUCGUUGCACAGCGAAGCUGAUGCCAGGACUAACGAAGUUAGCGAUGCUCGGGAUGCCCAAGAUCAAGCAGAGGCCGAGAUUAAGCGCCUAGAACAAUAUAUCGACGAAGUGCAGAGAGACAAUGAUACUAAAGCCGAGGAACUCAGUGAUUCCCGCGACCGCGCUGAAGGUGAGGUCAAGCGUCUCCAGGCCGUCAUUGCGUCGUUGGAGAUUGAUACCGACGCUAAGAGCCAAGAGGCCAGAGAGGCCCGCGACCGUGCGGAAGACGAAGUCAAGCGUCUAGAGGUCGUCCUUUCAUCAUUGCAAAAUGAUAACGACACUAAGACUGAAGAGGCCAGAGAGGCCCGUGACCAUGCGGAAGACGAAGUCAAGCGUCUAGAGGUCAUCAUUGCGUCGUUGCAGAAUGAUAAUGCCACUAAGAGUGAAGAAGCAAGAGAAGCUAGAGAGGCUUGCAACCACGCGGAAGACGAAGUCAAGCGUCUAGAGGCGGUCAUCUCAUCAUUGCAAAAUGAUCUCGACGCUAAGACCGAAGAAGCCAGAGAGGCCCACGCCCAUGCGGAAGAUGAAUCCAAGCGUCUACAUAUCAUCAUUGGGUCUCUGCAAGACGAGCACGGUGCUAAAGGCGAGGACGUCAAGGAAGCCCGGGACCGCGCGGAGAACGAGGUUCAACGCCUACAGAGCGUCAUUGAAACGCUGCAGAACGAUAGCGAUUCCAGAUCAGAGGAGGUCAGGGGUGCCCGUGACCGUGCAGAGCAAGAGGUGGCUCAACUCGAAACCGCAAUCCAACAGAUCCGGAUUCAAUCUGAUGCCCGCAUUAAGGAAGCAGAUGAUCAGCGCGCGCAGUCCGACCAGAACGUCACUCGCCUGCAGAAUGAGUUGACUGAACUUGAAGGCGAGAUUGUGCGGGUCACAACUGAACUGACAAUGGCCAAGGCAGAGCUGGAUGGUGCCUAUGGUAGCCGAGCCGAGCGCGCGGCAGAGGUGGCUUCCAACCCUAAUGUCCAAAGGGAGAACGAUGCUCUGGUUACCCGAAAUAUCGAGCUCACCGAAGAACUGGCCUCUCUGAAGAGCCACCGCGGAGGUGCCGAUCUUCAGCAGCGGGCGGAUAACCUUGAAAGAGAACUUCGCGAGAUUAUCGAUGACUACGAAGCCAUGACAAAAGCCAGCAUCGAGUUUGAGAAGGAACGCGAACGCUUCGAAAUUUUCAUUGACACUCUCCGGGAUCGUUGCGAGCAACUCGAGACACAACUGGCGGAAGAACGUAUCAGCUGGAUGAACUUGAGUAGUCCCACAUCUGUUGGCCGCGAUGGCGCUUCUGAGACGACAUCUACCAUGGUGCUCAAAAAUGAGUUCAAGAAGAUGAUGCGUGACACACGCAACGAGAACAUGAAGAUACUGAGGGCCGAACAAGAAGAGCGUCGCAGACUUGAAGGGUUGCUGCGAGCCCUAAGAAAGGAGCACGCCCAGGUGACUGGCAAGCCAAUUCCCAGCCCAGGUGGCACUCCAUUAUGA